UUGCUGCAGGGCCAUGGCGGCGCCCUCUCCACUGUCGUUUAUAGCGACCGCUAUUUCCGCUACGGCCUGCCGCUGCACGCUCGCCUCGCGGACUCGCCCCUCGCCGACUCUAACAAACGCACUGGCCCGUCGCGCUCCCAUCACUACAUGCCACUGCAAUUUCCGACCUCCCGGAUUGCGGCUGAUGCGGGAGUGCUGCGGGAUGCGAGUGAGCGCCUGGACGCGCCGAAUCCGCGGUAUGCACCCCUCGUUCGACGACGUCGUGACGUUCCGCGCGUGUUCGUCGUGUCCAAGGCGCCGCGUUUUGGAGAGGCGGUGACGGACGAGUAUCGUGCGCGUGCGCUCGCGCCGAACUACCGACAGCCGGUGGACGGCGUCACGCCGCCUGUACAGGCGCCGCGUCGCGAGCCGUCGCCGCGCGAGUUGCGGCCGCGUGCUCCGUCGCCGGCACGCUCGGCGGCGGCGGAGGCGCCGCGGCCCGAGUUCGCGCUGCCCGACGAGGAGGCGGCGCGACGUCGCGCCGAUGCGGCCGACGAGCGCGCGUACGAUGCACUGGCGAAGGAGGCGCCGCCGCUCGGCGCCAACGUGGCGGACGCGGCCGCGACCGGCGACAAGACGGCGGGCAAGGCGCUGCGCCGCAAGGUGCUCAACACGGAGCGCUACAACAACAUGGCGGCGGUGCGUGCGGUCGAGCGGGGAGCGGAUCGGGGGCCGGGGCGGGCGCAGGGGCGGCGGGCCCGCCAGCGCGCCGCCGUGCGCGCACUGCUCGCGCUCAGUGGCACGUUUUAUGCUCUCGCGCUGCUCGCCUUCUACUUCCUCAGCCUGGCAUGA